GUGCAUGCUAUCAUCUUUUUCUGAAUUCCUGCUAUAAAUUCUACCCAAGAACCCACAGUCCCACAGUUCCACACACUUCAACACAUUUUUUCAUUGAAUCGCCCCAAGACCUCUUAACUUCUCAAUAUUUCGUUUGCACCCCAAAAAUGAAGUUUUCACAUUUUCUAAUCCUCUCACUUUUGUCCCUCCUUUCCUUUGCCUUCACUGCACUCUCAAACCCACACCCCUUCUCGGAUGGUGGAACGCCGUCUCUGGUUCUUGACGCCGACGGGGGAAGGUUGCAGGCCGGCGUUAACUAUCUUGUGCUGCCAGUUAUCCCCGGAAGAGGCGGCGGACUCUCGCCGGCCAACAUCAACGAAAAGUCCUCCUGCCCGCGUGAUAUCAUCCAAGAAGCCAGCGAGAUUCAGACGGGUUUUCCGGUGAGUUUUUCGCCGGUUGAUACCGCGACCGGUUCGGUUCCGCUGUCAACCGACAUCAACGUGAAGUUCUUCACUCCUACGGUGUGUUCCAACGAGACGGUGUGGAGGGUCGGGAAGUAUGACGAGGUUUUGAAGCGGUACUUCAUCGUCACCGGCGGCGUGGAAGGGAACCCCGGGCCGGAGACAAUUGCCAACUGGUUCAAAAUUGAGAAAUUGGAGUCGGAUUACAAGAUCGUGUUCUGUCCGAGCGUGUGUAGCAUCUGCCAGGUUGUUUGUGACGAUGUAGGAAUCUAUGUCGGAACCGGAGGUACUAAGUUCUUGGCUCUCAGUGAUUCUCCGUUGGUGGUUAAGUUCAAGAGGGCCUUCCCAUUUACUGCACCUCCAGUUUCUCACGGACCGCCACAGCCCGUUCCAUUCUCCUAUGCACCUCCGCCACCACCUGUGCCAUUUCUCCAUGAACCGCCGCCGCCGCCUGUUCCAUUUCCUCAUGCACCACCACCCCCUGUCCCAGAACCUCACGGACCGCCACCUCCUGUCCCAGAACCCCACAGGUCGCCACCGCCGGUGCCGGUACCCCACGGGCCGCCACCGCCUGUCCCAGAACCCCACAGGCCGCCACCACCUCCGGUUCCGGUACCCGCUGGACCCCCACCGCCUGAUACUUCAUUGGCGGUUGCUACCUUGCAGUCUCCUCCCUAUGCUCGUCCUUUUGUAAUUUUCGUUUCAGUUCUGCUUUUUCUAGGUUUGAGUUAGUUUUCAUGAUGUCUACCUACCUACUUUAGUUCCAUACUUUUUUUUUUUUUUUGAAAAAGUGUCAAAUUGGCCCCCUAAAUCAAGUGGAUAGUGCAAUUGGGUUCUCUAAGUGAAAAAAGUUUCAUUCAAGUCCCUUAAACCUGUAAAAUUGUUCAAUUA